AUGAAAGACCGUGCCUGGUUCCAAUCCCACAACGACAUCGCAUCUGCUCUCCCCAUCUUCGUAAGUGAAGUCGCAUGUACGGCCUUCGCAACGCGCCUAUGCCAGUGGCUCAGCGACGACACCCCGACCUCGCCUCCACACAUCCCACGGAUGCAGUAUACCAACGAGGCAACAUUGGACCUGCUCGCGCAAGCAGAAACCCCCUGGCCGAGUCUGCCUCGAGCCCGCUUACUCGUGCAGACUGCGCUUGGCCACGCGAGCCCCUUGUUCCACUUGACGGUGCGCAAGCGCACAGUCGACUAUCUUGACACCAUCUACCGCACCGGGGCCGCGGCCUUUGGGGAUCCGGUCCUGGUCUGCAAGUACUUUGCGCUCUUUGCGCUCGGCGAGGUAUGUUCGGUGGUGCGCAGUGCAGGUUCAGGUUCAGGUUCAGAUUCAGCCGUUCCUGUCUCUGGUACAGCGUACUAUGCGCGCGCCGUCAGUCUCAUCCCCCUUCUCCCCGAGCGGCCGAGCAUGGCGCACAUCGAGGCUCUCGUGAUUCUGUCCCUCACCAGUCAAUUCCUCAACAGAUGGCACUCCGCAUACACGAUCCUCGGGAUCGCCCUGCGCCUCGGCCUCUCCGUCGGCCUCAACCACAACAUCCCCCCCGAGCAAUGCGCCGACCCGAUCGCGCGCGAGAACCGCGUCCGCGUCUGGUGGACCAUCUACAACUUCGAUCGGUUCUGGGGGAUGAAGCUCGGGCUGCCGGUUCAGGUGGACGACUGCGAUAUCCGCGUCGACUUGCCUUCGGACCCUAGCCCUGGCCCCAACACCAACUCUGGCUCUGGCUCUGGCGCCGAUGUGGCAAGGCAUCACGAGGAGUUCGUGGACUGUUCGUACCAGGUUGCUCUUAUUGAACUUGCCCGGAUCGCGAGCAAGAUCAUGCGUCGGAUUUACAGCCGCGCGGUCUUUGCGGAGAGCUUUCUGCUGCGCGAACAGGGGAUUUUGAGUGAUUUGAGGCAGUGGCUGAAGGGACUGCCUGAGCACUUGCAGCUGCGUUCUCAGACAGAGACAACCGGGCUUGGGAAUGGGAAUGUGCAUAUUGCGAAACCCACGGUGUCCAUCCACCUUCAGUUCAACUACUGCGUGAUCCUCGCCACCCGUCCAAUCCUCCUCAGCAUGCUCGACCACCUAACACCCACGUCGGCAUCAACAUCAACAUCACGAACCCAGAAUCCCCAACCCACGGCUGUACCCCCCGCCCUAACAACCCUCGCCGAAGCGUGCAUCCACUCCGCCCGACGCACGAUAUCCCUCUGCUCUGAGGAAUGGAUUCAAGGCUCCCUCCCUGUCUAUGGGUACGCCUUUGCACAGUACAUCUUCACGGCGGCGCUGGUCCUGGUGGUGUCGAGUGUUCUGCCCGCAGGAAUAGGAAUAGGAAUAGGAAUACCCGAGGACGCUGAGUCCAUCAAGACGGCAUCGGAGAUCUUGGGCUGUCUUGUUGAUGGGGGGUGUCUCGUUGCGCAUGAUUUGGCGGUGCAUUUGGAGAGGGUGCAGGCGUGUUUGGGAGAGUGGAGGGCUAGGUCUAGGUCUGGGCCACUGCACCGGGAGAAUGCCCAGUACCCUAAUGUCAUGAUGCAGCCUCCAUGUCAAGCGAGUGCAGGUGCGGGUGAAGCUGCAGGGUGUCCGAUUCCUGACCUGUCCUUCACCACGAACACCCGCAUGAGAGAUCCCAGCCUUGAUCUACCUCACUCGGCGGUGAUGGAUACAGACCCUGGCUUGCUCGAUGCCCAUGAUUCCCCAGGAUUUGAAUUUCAGGGGGCAUUUAGUGCCGACUUUGACUUUGACUUCAACCCCUUUCCCACCUUUCCUCUGCCGAUCUGGGAUAGCAGUGAUAUUUAG